CAUCGGCCGCGGCUCCGCCAACAAGAAGACUCUCUCUCUCUCUCUCUCUCUCUCUCUCUCUCUCUCACUGUGUGUGUUCGUCUCCUCUCUCUAGACGAUCUGCUCGUUGAUUUUUUGGGGUCCCGGAGCGGUUGCUUUACAGGCUUCUACCCUGUACCACUGUACUACUAUGAAAUCCACAUCAGGGAAAAUCACAUCAACGAAGGAAAUCUCCCUAUCCAAAGCAUCCAAAGUCCUAUCCAAGUUCGUCCACGCCGAGACCGGAGCUUCCCAAGCAGUGUCGUCGUACCUGAGGCGCGCUUCGGCCUCGUUCGACGAGCUGGUUCAGCUCCACAAAGACCUCAAGGCUUCCAAACCCGUUCGGAAGCCGAGAAAACCUGAGCAUGAGGGUAGUACAUUAGAUGGAGAAACGGUGAAGCAAGAAGAGAACGAAGGUAGCGAGGGCAAGAGGCAUAAGAAGAGGAGGAAGAGCGAGGAGAGUAGUUUGAAAAAGGAGAAGAAGCGGAGGAGAAUCGAAGGAGAGGAUUAGACACGGGUUUGGGGCAUCGUUGAUUUUGUCAGUUGUUGUUGAUUAGUGAUUGAGUUUUUGAUUUGGAGGGAAGAAUGGCUUAGAGGUCUUUUUUGGCGGUGGCGAUUGUGGUAAUUUUUUCCAUGUAAUACCAGGGAAUUUUUUUCUUGUUGACUAUUAUGUUAGAAGAUAUAUAUUUGAAUGAAAUUUAGUUGUGAUAAUUUGUGUUA